AUCCUCUUUUCAUUUGUUGUCAUCUCUCAUCCACAUCAUUUUCCUUCUCUCACCCACCGUGAGAGGAAAGAGAAAGAGAAGAUGAUUCUGAUGCUCUCUUACUCUCCGGCGAUAAUCUCAGCCGUUAAAUAUGUGGGGUCGUCUCCGUUCAACACUCGACGACUUUCUCAGCCUAGUAUCUCCAUCUCUAGAAACAAGAGCUUCUUCUUACACUUGACAGAGACGAAAGAGAAAACAAGAAGAAGAAGAGGAGAAGAUGGGAGAGUUUCGAUCGUGUGUGACGCAGGAGGGAUGUUUCCGGUGGACCCAUGGGCUCCAACCAUAGAUUCACAGAGCAUAGCAUCGCAGCUCUUCGCGGUGUCUCUGUUUCCGUACAUAGGUUUCCUCUACUUUCUCACCAAAUCCAAAACUGCUCCAAAGCUCACACUUUUCGGAUUCUACUUCUUGCUUGCCUUCGUUGGAGCUACGAUACCAGCUGGAAUAUAUGCUAAGGUGCAUUAUGGAACAUCAUUGUCGAACGUUGAUUGGUUACAUGGAGGAGCUGAAUCACUUCUUGCUCUCACCAAUUUGUUUAUCGUGUUGGGUCUCAGACAAGCUCUGAGGAAGUCUGAAGAUAAUGAUGAAGAAACUCCAACAACAAGUCAACAAGAACAAGAAAAAUCUUCAGUCUAGUAAAAUAUGGAAAUGAUAUAUAUGUUCUUAUUUUUUGGAAUUCUACUUUUUUUGUUUAAUAGUUAGGGGUUAUAAAUGAUACCCUUUCCGUUUCAUUUGUAUUGUCGUUGUAGAAUAACAUUUGUAUUUCAAAAUAAAUAUUAUUUUAGUAUUUUGACGUAAAAUUUAUUAUUUUUAUGCUA